AUGGGAAUCAACGGUAUUAUCAACAAUCGCAUGGUUAUCAAGGAAGAAGCCGAGGCUCAAACAGUGACGGCGCUGGAAGGCAGCCAGGUGCAACUGAGCUGCGACAUAAGCGCUCCGGGCGUCGGUGACUUCCCGGUGUGCAUCCGCUGGUUCAAGGACUCCAGUGAAAACCCCGUUUACAGCGUAGAUGUCAAUCCGAGAACGGGGAGUCUGUCACAGAUCCGCCAGAGCGCGCAGCGUAGCAGCUUGCAAGGUCGUGCGUACUUUUCGGUGAUCCAGACACCCGCCGUGCUCAGCAUCGACCGUCUUCGGCACGCCGACAAUGGCUCCUACGCAUGCGCGGUGGACUUCAAGAAAGACUGGACUCGAAAACUCACAACGCACCUCAUAGUUAUAGUACCUCCCAAGCGGCCCGUCAUAAUGGACGAAAAUGGCACGAAGAUUGACAACAUCACGAGGCCGUAUCUAGAGGGCGAAGACCUCACUCUGACCUGUGACGUCUACGACGGCCAGCCAGAGCCCGUGGUGACAUGGUGGCGUGGCUCGGAGCUCCUGCAGCAAGCGCUGAGCCGCAAUUCGGGUGGCCAUCCACGAGCCACGCUGUUCCGCCUGCGGCUCACGCGCGCCGACUACCAGGCGCGGCUGACCUGUCGCGCAACCAACAGCAACAUUACGCUGCCCGUGGCCACAACCAUCGUCGUCAACAUGCACUUGAAGCCAGUCUCGGUUGAUAUCAAAGGACCCCGUGGACCACUGUCGGCGGAGCUACCUGCGCAGGUGAUCUGUCAGGUGAAUGGUUCAAGGCCAGAGGCACUGGUACGCUGGUUUCUGGGACCGUACCAGCUGAAUGACACCGAGACGCACGUCAUCUCGCCUAACACCACGCUGGGAGUGCUGAACUUCGUGCCGAGAGACCGUGACCAUGGCGCACGGCUGCGUUGUCUCGCCUCCAACUCGGCGAUAGGUGGAGCGCAGGGCAGCACAUCCACGCCGCUGGAGGACUCCUGGAUACUGGAUGUGCACUACAAACCAGUGGUGCAGCUGCGGCUGGGAAGCGGCCUCAGUCCGUCCAACAUCCACGAGGGCAUCGACAUCUACUUCGAGUGCAGCGUGCGCUCCAACCCACCGGUGAGCGAGGUCUCGUGGGCCUUCGAUGGUCGGGACCUGCACACGGAUGGCGCCCGAGGCAUUAUCGUCAGCAACCAGUCACUCGCGCUGCGCUCUGUCAACCGCACCAACAGUGGGUUCUACGCCUGCCACGCUGCCAACUCGGAAGGUGAAGCCGAGAGCAACCGUCUACGGCUCAGGGUUCUGCAUUCACCAGUGUGCCAGUCGGGCUAUCGGCAGCACUCGCACUUGGUUGCGAAGCACGAGACGAUAGACGUGGAAUGCGAUGUGGAGGCGGACCCGAACAACGUCACCUUCUCGUGGACUUUCCACCAGGCGCACCGCACCGCUCCACUGUCUCCGAAUGCCAGCUUCUUGACACCACCGGGGGCACCGCUGCGCUCGGUGCUGCGCUACACGCCGGGUUCGGACACCGACUACGGCACGCUCUACUGUCGCGCACGCAAUGCCGUUGGCAACAGCCGCGAGCCUUGCAUCUUCCAGAUACACCCCGUCGGUCCUCCAGUGACGCCGUACAACUGCAGCGUCGAGGAAGUGACGUCAGAAGGGGUGCACGUUGUGUGCCAGCGCAGCGGGGAAGGACAGCAGCAGACAUUUUUGUUAGAGCUCCAAGAUGGCCAGACCACGCCUAUCACGACAAACUUCACCUCAGGCCAGCCCAGUUUCCGCGUCCACUCGCUGAGGCCAGCCACAAGGUACCAGAUGGCGCUGUACGGUAUCAACGCCAACGGCCGCAGCGAGCCGGUCCAUUUGACCGUGUUCACACUGCCUCUGGGCAGGGGACUGGUUAACAAAGCUGACACAGAGUGGUCCCUAGGGUCUACCACGCUGUGGGCAGCCACACUGAGCACCGUGGCCGCAUUUCUCAUCGUAUUCAUCGCACUUACGCUGGGCAAAUUCAGGCGGAAGAUCCUCUUCAACCGAGCUCAGAAUGUUUGGAACAGGAAUGAAAGUGCAGCCAAUUGCUGUCAAAAUCAAGAGAAACAGAGGCCUUCUUUCCACGACGAUGUGAACGCAGGCCAUCUGCCAGAUGGAGCGAUCUCAACCACCGUUGUCGACGUGCUGGCUAUUGGCAUUCAAGGAGCUGACCGUCUACGCCAUGCGGGCAACCUCGAUUAGGACCUUGCUCGCGAGCGCCUGACACCAUGACGAGCGCCUCCGGUGCUUGGCAUCCAACAUGUUUUGUAACAGGCAGCCGGAGACGCCCAUGGAAGA